AUGAAUCGUAUAUUAUAUCUUGUCUUUCCUUAUAUUUUGUUCCUCAUUUUAUUGAGAACGAAUGCUUAUAAAAAUCCUCGUUUUAGUUCUCUUAGUACUAAUUCUGAAAAAAGCAUUUCGGAAGAUUUGAACAAAUUAUAUAAAAUAAACGAAGAGUUAGUUACAAAUGAAAGAGAAGAUGAGGAUGAAGACGAAGAUGAUCAAGACGAGUUACAAAAUUCAAAUUUUGAAGACAUCGCACACAAAAGUCUAGAAAAUGCUGAAGAAGAAGCAACUGUUGAUCUAGAAAACGCAGAAAUAGAAAAUCUUCUGGACGAAGAAAUAUAUAGAAUUGUACAAGAAAGAUUAAAAAAAUUAUGGUAUAUUGGAAAGUGUAGAAGAGAUUAUACAAAUAUAUGUCCUAUAGAUUGGAAUGUAUCUGCUUAUGACAAGAAUCUUUGUAUUCCACCUGAGAAAUACGAAGGAGAAUGUAGAUCUAUAGAUUUCUCUAAGAGUACCAAUUUAGAUAAAGAGCUUUUUUCAUGGAAAUGUGAGGUUGAAUGGCCUUGUAUUAGUGCACCUAAAUUAAAAAUUAUGGAUAAAUGCCCUUUUCGCUGGACAUACAUUGACAAUAAUUUGUGUAUAGCACCAGAGGAUUAUAUAGGGCAUUGCUCUCCUGCUAUGGAUUUCUCAAAUUAUAAUUACGAAAUGAGGAUUAGAUGGGCUAAUGAAUGCAAUGUCGAAUGGGAUACAUUACCUACAUCAGAAUAUAUACCUCUAAGGCAUAAAAAAAUAAGAAACAAUGUAUUAGGGGGUCCAGUAGAAGAAAGUGGAAACGUCACGAAUAUUACAAAUAAAAAUUAA